UAGUCCUGUUGGCCGCAGAGGCCGGCGGGGCGGCGGCGGCAGGACACUACAACUCCCGGGGAGCAGAGCGGUGCCCCCUCCCCGGGCCGGCGGCAGUCGCGGGUCGCGUUCGGCGCUGGGGCUCGGGCUGCCAACGGCCUCCGCCGCCACCCGCUGAGGAGCCGCCGGGCGGCGCGGGCCGUCCCCGCGGGCGGCCAUGGACCUCUUCGGGGACUUGCGGCGCAUGAACAAGCGGCAGCUGUAUUACCAAGUCUUAAAUUUUGCAAUGAUAGUGUCUUCUGCCCUCAUGAUAUGGAAAGGGCUGAUCGUCAUUACUGGAAGUGAAAGCCCUAUUGUUGUGGUGCUGAGUGGCAGCAUGGAACCAGCUUUUCACAGGGGAGACCUGUUGUUCUUAACAAAUUUCCACGAUGACCCAAUCAGAGCUGGUGAAAUAGUUGUUUUUAAAGUUGAAGGCAGAGACAUUCCAAUAGUUCACAGAGUAAUCAAAAUACAUGAAAAAGAAAACGGGAACAUCAAAUUUCUGACGAAAGGGGAUAAUAAUGAAGUUGAUGAUAGAGGCUUGUACAAAGAAGGUCAGAACUGGUUAGAGAAGAAGGAUGUUGUUGGAAGAGCCAGAGGAUUUUUGCCUUACGUUGGUAUGGUCACGAUAAUAAUGAAUGACUAUCCAAAAUUUAAGUACGCUCUUCUGGCAGUAAUGGGAGCAUAUGUACUGCUGAAACGCGAAUCCUAAAAAAAAAAAAAAAGACACUUUUCCAAGAAUUAAAUAUACGGGGCGGAAAAAAACCUAAUAUAUUUCAGAUGUUUUCAUUUCUGUAAACAGUUACAAAACUGUACAAGCUUCUGUCUUGUCUAAAUAAACUGUACAACUAAUGAGUAAA